CUCGGAAUACAAUGGACUCGUUUCCAAACUAUAAGCCGCUAAAUAGCCCGUUUAAGAGUUAUGGACCUGGAUACCAAAGCUCUCAUUUUUCAAAUUCAGACAACGACUCCCCUUCCUCUUCCUCCAAUAACUCACAGAGUCCAUUUUUGUACAGUGGGACUCGAAGAAGAGCAUCUUCCACCGAUGCAAGUGUUGGUUCUCAAUUUUUGUUGGCAAAGGACUUGGAAGACAUUGAAAACGAACAAGAAAAUAUUUUAAACUCUUCCAAAGCAAGAAGAGCAUGGAUUCGUAGAGAAGUAGCAAGAAGGGCACCUGAAUACACAGAAUCUUUCACAGUUACUUUAUUUGUUACUACUUGGAACGUAAACGGAAGAAAGCCAAUCAUAGAGAUAAGAGAUUGGCUCCUUCCCUCCAAACUGGAAAUGAUGGAUGAAGAUAACCAACCUUUUAUUGGUUCCAUCGGCUUGGGAGAUGUCGAUAUUUAUGUCAUAGGUUUACAAGAAGUGCAAGAGUUGUCAGGAACGAAUGCAGUAUUGACCGACACGAAUAGAGGUCGUUUGUGGCAACAUAGAAUUGAAAUGACUUUAUUUGCUCCAGAAAGAUAUGUGUGUGUUCAGUCUAGGCAACUUGUUGGGAUUCUGCUGUUAGUAUUUGUACGAAAGGAUCAUGAAAUGUUUACUCGAGAUGUGAUGGUAACAGAAGUGGGAACUGGUAUUAUGAACCGUGGUGGAAAUAAGGGAGGUGUAGUCACAAGAAUGAGAAUCUAUGAUACUACACUCUGUAUCGCUUCAUGUCAUCUAACUGCGCACGAUCACAAUGUCGAGCGAAGAAAUCAAGACUUCCAUGAGUUGAUGAGAAAAGCUAUUUUUAUGGACCCAGAUGUAAGAAGUAGUCCCUAUUCUCCUUACGCACCGGAUCCCAACAUUGCACAUGAAAGUAACUUUACUACGGUAGCUGAUCAUGAUUUCGUAUUUUUCCUUGGAGAUCUUAACUAUAGAAUCAAUUUACCGCCUGAAGAGGUCAUGAAUAGUAUUCAUCAAGCAGAUUGGAAGCACUUACGAGAAUAUGAUCAACUAAACUUGGCGAGAAAGGCAAAGGCAGUCUUUCAAGGUUUUGAAGAAGGAAUUUUAAACUUUGCUCCAACUUAUAAACACGAACCUUUUGGAGAUGGAUAUGAAGAGAGGGAAGAAGGUGGUUUGAAGCGAACCCCUGCCUGGUGUGAUAGAGUGCUAUGGAAAGCAAAACAAAGUUCGAACAUUCGUCAACUGGCUUAUCAACGUCAUGAACUGUAUUCUUCCGAUCAUCGUCCGGUCAUGGCUCUUUUUGAAGCAAAGUUCAGGCGAACCAACAAGAAUAAGAAGAAUGAAGUGAUAGCUGAAGUCCAACGCAUGUUGGAACAACGUGAAAAUGAAUUACGACCACAAAUAGCACUUUCUUGUCAAGAUAUUUCUCUAGGACUUGUGGAAUUCAAUAUUCCUGCAACUUCAACCUUAACAGUGAGCAAUGUGGGUCGUGUAAAAGCUAAGAUUUCAUUUCCUCCUCGUCGUUUUCCCUCUUGGCUUAGAGUAGCGCCACCUGCUUGUGAAUUGGAGCCUCAAACAAGCAUAGAACUUCAUUUCCGCAUUCUUGUGGAUGUAGACUGUGGUUCUUCAUCCAGUUUAUCAUUUGGUGAUGAAGAAUUGAGUUGCACAUUAGUAUUACAUGUGGAAUUUGGUAAUGAUUAUUUUAUUUCCAUAUAUGGGCAAUACAAAAAAACUUGCUUUGGUUCCAAUCUGGAAAGACUUGCCCAUCCUCAUCUUCCUUUUCGUGCGUCUUCGGAUUCUUCAAGCAUUAAAGCGGCAUUUCGACCUCGAAUUCCAACGACAAAAGGCUUGCCUUGUGAAAUCUGGCGUUUGGGACAUGUUUUGUGGCAAAGACGAUUUUUUGCAGGUUCAUGGGAAUCUUUUGAAGGUAGUCCAACCUUUUUAAAAGAUCUUGAGAGAAGUGGGCGUUAUUACGGAGAAGGAUUUCUUUUCAUCGAAUCAGGUGAUCCUGAACAGGCCUUGGAAGUGCGUGAUUGUCUUGAUACAGGACAACCUAUUCCUAACCAUAUUACUGGGAAAAGUAUUGCCUUUUGUCUUUGUCAAUUUUUAAGAUAUUUAGAGGAUCCAGUAAUUCCACGAGAAUUUUGCGGUGCUUGCGUUACUGCUGCAAAAUCGGCAUCUUUGGAUACAGUGAAGCAAGUAGUAUCGUUAUUACCACCUGUUCAUCAGAAUGUGUUGAUAUAUCUUAUGGAGCUUUUAAAGGAAUUUCUUCGUUGUUAUUCUAGUCAUCGAGAUUACUUGUUUACUUGUAUUCCAGAAAUAUUUAGUGAUUUAUUGUUAUGUAAUCCAAUUUCCCAUCAAGACUCUGCAGCAUUAGGAGCCAAAGAGAGAGCCAAUUUCAUUCGAAUGUUGUUGGUUGAUUCCGAGCCUGCACAAGUUAUUUUUGAUAUUCAUGUUUUAUCUUGAAAUGGUAAAAACGUGGAAAUAUUCAUCGGACAGACGAGAAACAUAAGUAUUUUGAAUGUUCUUGGAGAGUGCUUUAUGUGGAUGGAUGAUUACCCAUGGCCAAGUUAUCUAUUGGUUUGGAAGGAAGUGCUAAUAAAGUAGGCGUUGGUAUUGUUACUGAACAAGGUAUUCUUUAACCAAGUUUACUUUACGUUUGAUAAAAUAGAUUGUUAUUCAGGAGAUAUUCUUGCCAAUGUCCGUCGUACUUACAUUUCUCCA